UCCGCCUCCGCCUCCGCCUCCGCGCCACACCCACCGCGGACGCCCGAGUCCAACACCUUGGUGCGCAAGGCUGAUGACGCUGCCUAUAAAUUGACCCGCCCCGCGCCGUCACUCCUCCCACCCCCACAGCACACCAUAGAGCUCGCUCCAUCGUCGCCCAGACCUGCAGUCAGCAGCGCCGCACGCCGCUCAAUUCCGUCCCACCAUUCCUAAUCCAACGGUCCCUCUUUUGAUCGAUGGCAGCCAUGAAGGUUGUGCUGAAGCUGGACGUGCACGACGACAGGCAGAAGCAGAAGGCCAUCAAGCUGGUCUCCGCGCUCCACGGGAUCGACCAGAUCGCCGUGGACAUGAAGGACCAGAAGAUGACGGUCGUCGGCACCGUCGACCCCGUCGCCGUCGUGGCCAGGCUGCGCAGCAAGCCGUUCACCACGGCGCAGAUCUUCUCGGUCGGCCCGGCCAAGGAGGAGAAGAAGGACGGUGAUAAGAAGGAGGGCGAGAAGAACGACGCGGGCAAGCAGGUGGAGUACCUGCAGUACUGGUACCCGCCGCCGCCGUACCACCCGCACCUGUGCCACCUCGCCGAGGAGGACCCCAACUCGUGCGUCAUCUGUUGAUCGACGCGCGCCGCCGAGUCCCGCCCCGCCAUUGUACACUUUGUAGCUGGCCUUCCUUCCUGCCUGCCGAUCGAUCAGCCUACCUGCACCGGUGAUCAACGGCGUGCGUUAUAUAUAUGGAUGGCCGUGUAAGGCGUGAGUUGCGCCGGUGAUCCGGCAGCUGUACAGCACACCUGCAUGUGCCUGUGCAUCUGCUUAGCUUGUAAUGUGCAGAUACAGAAUUACAAGAAAAGUGUGGAGAAGGAGCAGAUAGAAUUGCUGCAGUUAUUUUUCA